GAAGCCAAGAAGAAGAAACCCAAGAUUAGUGACUUCGAUGCUGAAAUCAUGGUAGUGGAUGUUAUCAUUCCACGACCAUCCCAAUAUGCCAUCCAGAAGGUAAAGAACAUGGAAUAUGUGGAACUAUGGUACUUCAGCCCCGAUGGUUGUCAUGAAGCUGCCUUGACUUCUAGGUCCACUUCCGAUUCUGAUGAUGCCUUUGGCUUCAUGAGAGUCAAUGGCAUGGUGGCCCUUAAGACCAAUGUGUCCUUCAAGGCUUCCCAGAAAGCCUUGCAGGACCAUGACCUAUCAUGGUGUCAAUUUGACUUGGCAAAAACCAGCUUCCUCAUCCACAUAGAGAAGAACGGAUGGCCUGAAAAGCACCAGCAAGUGCUGGCCCUAUUCUUCAUGCUCAUUACCAACCAUGAACACUGA